AUGGGAAUAAAUUCCCUGGUAUUGAAUGUGUCUACAACAGCAACACACAGUAGCACCGGCAAAUCCCCCUUCAAGGCACUAUACAGAUGGGAACUGUCCCUGACCCCAAGCAAUGUACCAACAGAUGUCCCAGAAGCUGAUGACAUGGCAACCCAAAUGGAAGCACAAUGGCAAGAGAUAGAGGCAGCACUCCAACAGUCAAAAUCAUGUAUGACAGCUGGGGAAACAAGGGAACCAAUCAGUUUUGAAGUUGGGGAAGAAGCCUGGCUGGACGCCAAGAACGUGAAACUGAAAACCCUGAGUCCCAAGCUAACAGAACAACGCUUAGGCCCCUUUGAAAUAAUGGAAAAAAUCUCUGACCGUGCAUACCGCCUAAAGCUCCCCCCAUCAAUGAGGAUCCACAACGUCUUUUAUGUGGGAUUACUGUCUAAAGUGAAAAGGGAUGAUAAGCGUGCCUUUGAGAACCAACCCCCACCGGUAACCAUGGACAGGGAAGAGGAAUACAAGGUAGAAGGAAUCACAGACAUGGAAGAAAGGAACAGGAAAUGGUUUUUCAGGGUCAAAUGGAAAGGAUAUGGAUUGGAGGAGAAUACCUGGGAGCCAAGGGAAAACCUCAAGAAUGCCAAAAAAAUCCUGAAAAAUUUUGAGAAGGCAAUGAAAAGAAAGGCCCUUGGCGCUGCCAAGGCCCUUAGAGGGGGGGCAGUGUUGUAG